AGAUCCUGUUGUUGUAUGUAUGGUGGGUGUGACGUGUGCAAUUUCCAUCUUAUCUGCUCAGGACACUCUCUGCUCUUAUCAUUUAAGUUUGCUUCAGCAGAGUCAAUACAAGCAGAGGAUUCUCUCCACCACAGUGACUGGUGGGACUGGCAAGUCUGCAUCCUACAAAGAAUGAAGAUGGAAUGUUGGUCUCUCCUGCUUCUUUUGCCAAUCUCCAUGUUACCAGGGACUACCAGUUGCCCUUCUCCAUGUCGCUGUGGAUCUGGAAUUGUAGAUUGUAGCCAAAGGGGUCUCAGCACAAAGUCGUUACCAGCUUCAUUCCCUCCAUUCACAGAAGUGGUUCACCUCAACCAGAACAACUUAGCAUCCAUCCCUAAUGGACUCCUGGACCGCCUUUCACAACUCAGACAGGUUAACUUGCAGCAGAACCCGUGGCACUGUGACUGUGACAUCCUUUAUCUGCGCGGCUGGCUGCAAGGACAACAGAACAAACCUCUGUAUCGUGAUCUCACCUGUGUGUCCCCAGAGCACCUGAAGGGCAGGGUCAUCAUGUACCUGACAGAGGAAGAACUUGUGACCACCUGUCAGUACUGGUACUGCAAUCUGGCAUUGGUCUCCCAAAUCUGCCUCUUUCUUCUAAUUGCCAUACAGGGCAUCCUGCUCAUUUUUAUCAUUAUCUCCCUCCGCCGCUUCCAGACCAUUGCCAGGGAGGCCCGGCGCACUGCCAAGGAACUGCAGUAUAACUCAGAAUCCUAUGUGUAUGAUAAUGCACCACUGCAUAACUAUGAGAGGACAUAAUGUGAUACUGUAUGACUUAAAUAUUCACACACAAAGUUAUAUAUACUGUAUAAAGACUCUUUAAAGGUGACCGAAUCAAAAAUAUAAUAUAGGUAAAAGAAGUCCAUUUCCAGAUCCUCUCAUGCCUUUAUAUGUAAUAAAAUGCACUAAGUUUGCCAAGGUGCAGUAACCCAUAGCAACUAUAAAAGGAAUAGUAACACCAAAUACUGAGAUGUAUCAAAGUAAUUAAAAUAUAAUGUACUGGUACUCUGCAUUGAUAAAACUAGCAUGUUGGCUUCAGAAAGACUACUAUAGUUUAUAUAAACAAGUUUCUGUGUAGCCCAGGGGAGCAUCCAUUGAAGCAGGAAAAAAAGGAGAAAGGGUAACAGAUAAAACACCAUUGUAUUGGACUGGUAUUAUCUUUGCCUUUUCUCCUAUUUUCCAACGUGAUUGGCUGCCCCCUUGGCUACACAGCAGCUUGUUUAUAUAAACUAUAGUAGUCUUUCUAUAACAAGCAUACAGCUUUUACCAGUGCAGUGCAACAGUAAAUUAUAUGUUAAUUACUUUUAUGCACUUUAAAUUUUUGGGUGUUACUCCUCCUUUAAGAUGUUUGCUUUUACACAGGUGACCAGUAAAUUGUCCUGCUAAUUGCUUGCUAUGGGUGACUAGACUAGUAGCAAACGUUGUACCUUUUAUUACAUUUCCCCAUUGGUUAUUAAAGUUCCAACAUACCUUAGCAACAUGGGAGAGGUGGUUUGAAUGGGAGAUUGAUAUAUGAAUAGGAGAGGUCUGAAUAGAAAGAUGAGUAAUUAAAAAGUAACAAUAACAAUAUAAUUGUAGCCCCAUAGAGCAAUAGUUUUAUGGCUGCUGGGGUUUAAAGUACAAGAGGGGGGUUGUGGGUGCACUCCUAAAGCCAUAUAAAAAAAUAUUUAAAUACAAUAAUCCCCUG